ACAGGGAGUGCUUACAGAGAGUGCAUGGAUAAUGGAACAUGGGCGUUGAAGAUCAAUUACUCCAAUUGUGAGCCCAUUUUGGAGGAAAAGAGGAAAUACCCCAUGCAUUAUAAGAUAGCACUGAUCAUCAACUACCUUGGCCACUGUAUUUCUGUGGGAGCUCUAGUCAUGGCCUUCAUCCUCUUCUUGUGCUUAAGGAGCAUACGAUGUCUUCGAAAUAUCAUCCACUGGAAUUUGAUAACCACCUUCAUUCUAAGGAAUGUGAUGUGGUUUUUGCUUCAGCUCAUUGACCACAAUAUACAUGAGAGUAAUGAGCCUUGGUGUCGACUAAUUACGACAAUAUACAACUAUUUUGUUGUGACAAACUUUUUCUGGAUGUUUGUGGAAGGAUGCUACCUUCACACAGCCAUAGUAAUGACUUAUUCAACUGACAAGCUGAGAAAGUGGGUGUUCCUCUUCAUUGGAUGGUGUAUUCCAUGUCCUAUAAUCGUGGCUUGGGCCAUUGGAAAGCUAUAUUAUGAAAAUGAACAAUGCUGGUUUGGGAAAGAGCCUGGGAAAUACAUGGACUAUAUUUACCAAGGACCAGUUAUUCUUGUACUCUUGAUAAAUUUUGUUUUCCUCUUCAACAUAGUCAGAAUACUAAUGACCAAGCUAAGAGCCUCAACCACAUCUGAAACAAUACAAUACAGGAAAGCAGUAAAAGCUACACUAGUCCUGCUACCGUUGCUGGGCAUCACCUACAUGCUGUUCUUUGUAAAUCCAGGGGAGGAUGACAUCUCACAAAUAGUUUUCAUAUACUUCAACUCCUUUUUACAGUCUUUUCAGGGAUUCUUUGUGUCAGUGUUUUACUGCUUUCUCAAUGGAGAGGUCCGCUCUGCCGUAAGGAAACGUUGGCAUCGCUGGCAGGACAACCAUGCACUUCGAGUACGAGUGGCUCGGGCAAUGUCAAUCCCCACAUCUCCCACCAGGAUUAGUUUUCACAGCAUCAAACAGACCACUGCUGUGUGAGCUGGGGAACAAACACAUUAUCUCCACUGACAUGCUCUUUCAAUCCAAGUGGAGAGGCUUCAUCUUCUUCAUUGACGGACAAUGAGAUGAUUUUACAAAGCAGACUGAUUCCUCUACCGCAUCAAAAGUGUGCCUGCAUGUUUCAAAACGAGUCCUUUUGUUUGGCUACGUUUCAAACUGACAGAAAAUGCAUUUUCCGAUGGUUGCUCAUUUUAUAAUAAUGCAAAAUACAUUGGUGAUGGGUUUGUCUAAAGACUUGAGCGAUCAGAAAAAGAAACAUAGCAUUGUAAACGUAUCACAACAAGUCUUACUGUGUUUCUGUCAGUUACCUUGCUGCUCAGUGCUUAGUGCACAUCAUUUCAAAACUACUGCUUAUAGGCACAAAGCUUCAUUGUUACUCCGUAGGAAGAAAAACAUGAAUACUUGAACUAUGAUUUGAUGCAUUUAUGUAUAAAGUCAUAAUGCAAAAGAAAGAAAAAAAAUAUUGCAUUUACUCUUCUAAUGAUUUGGCAUCAACAGCUUUGUGUCAGUUUAAUUUACGUGUUUGCUUGUUUUUUUUUUUUCCAAGUAUAACAGACAGGCUGUUGGGAGGAAUGAGAUUGGCCUAAAUAAGAAAUUCAAACUGAGUCUAAAGACCUUUGAAUGAUAUGACUGGGUAUUCAUUCAACUAUAUUAGCAAAAGUUCUAUGAUAUCUUUUCAUCAAACUGUUCAUCUAGACAAGUUUCACAUGCAUUUUCUGCAACUAUGAUAUUUUAUUUCUUGUUUUUUUUAAUGGUGUACUGUAUCAAGCAUUUCCUUAGUUUUUGUUCACAAGGUUUAACUUCAGCUAUCAUCCAGCCAUGUGUUCCAACCACUCUGUUAACCCUAUCUGUCUGACCACAUGAACAAGGGUGCCAGCAGCAAAAGAAGACACAUAUAAUUAGUCUAGGACAUGUUUGAAGUCACUACAUUAACUUGAAAAGUCAAAAUAAGAUUAUAGACAUGCUAUUUUAUCAAGUGAAGGUGAGUUCUAGUCAUUUAUGUAAUGUAUGUAUACAGCGUAAGUGCUGAGUGUGGACUUACCAUGCAUUCACAAUGAAAGCAGAUUAUAUUCAUUUGGCUUUGUGAAAUCCUUGUGGCUUUCUCAUAAUCAGUGUCACUGCUAAGCCUGGCCUUCUAAAGAAGCCAGGCUUGAUGGAGAGAACCAGCCGCCCCCAAGAGACUGCCUCUGGUCAGGUCAGCAAACUGUGUGUAUGUCAUGCCAGUCUUUACGUCUCCAAAGGCUUAUCGCACAACUGCAAUGCCAUUCGUCUGGUUUGGCAACAUUAAAAAAACAACAUAUGUUUUUCCUGAUGGAUAAAAAGGAGGCAGGAAGUUCUGGCAUGUAUUAUAAAUCUAAAAGCCUGCAUUAUGUUGCAACCUUAAGAUUACUUUUCGUUUUUAUGCUGAUGCAUCUUAUCACGGCACCACAUUAAUUACAUAUUUAUUUUUGUCUGUCAUGUGUGAUGUAAUGAUUCAGAAUCUUAGGAAACAUUUGGAGAAAUGUGCCCCAAGAGUUUUGUAUUUCAUGUAGAUUAAACAAAACAAAGUAUUUCCGUUACUACUUAUGCUCAAUCAUUACCAAUAUUAACUCUUUUCUCUACAGCUGCAUUUGCAGUGUAUGGACAAGAUUACCAUAAUUGUUGAAUAAUGUUGAUAAUGUAGAAAUAUCAACACACAAUUUGAAAUGCAUAAUGUUGUUUUAGAUUCUUUAAGAGGAAAACAAUUGAUAUAUUUUUAAAAGGCUCUGUGUUUAAGAGUGUUUUAAGAGAAUGUGAAAUAUUUAAUCAACUGUUUAAGUAAAAUAUGCUUUUCAUAUGUGUAUUUUGUAAACUUUUGUUACGUUACGAUAGACUUUUGAUGUCAGUGUUCUGCUUGAAUGGACUUGUGUUAGCUGGUUCAUAUAAUAUUGAUCACACAAUGUAAAAUCGCAAAGUUGCACAACCUUCCAUGACCUCAUUAUAUUACACAAACUUAAAAGGACUAUGUAACAUUACAGCAUGGGAAAACAGAAAUUCUUUAUUUCAAACUCACCAAAGAGACUAACCCAUGUUUACCGAAAUACAAAGUUUUUACUGUCUACAUAUUUUAUAUUGCCACUGGAUUUUGUCAGCAAAAUCUUUUAACCUUAUUUCAUACAUCAGUUAUUGUAUAUAAAGUGUAUCUAAUGUAAAAUGUUUGAUGUAAAAUGUGCUGAUUUUAAGGAUUUUGUUUUUUGUUGAACCAACCCUGUUGCCUUAGAAACAAAAAGAAAUGCAUUUUUGUGAGAAUGAAAAUGUUGUCACUAUAAAGUAUGAAUUGU